AAAUUCUGGAUGGAGAGUGUAGGUGUGGAUAACCUAUAUAAACAGAAGAUACUGCUCUCUGUUAAAUCAGGACCAAGACAAGAACAUCCUAAACACGUUGAGCCAGACUGCACACCGUUAAAAAGAUGUGGAGUGGAUCACUGCAAGCUCUCGUCGUCUUCACCUCGAUGCUGACGGCACACACGCUCCACUCCUUUCCAAAGACAUUCAUGGUUGGCAAGGAGGACGGGGAGGUUACACUCACGUGCAGCACCCAGUUUCAGGGAACUGUAACCUGGAGGCAUGACGACAACCCUGUGCCUGCGUCCGGAUACAACGUGAUGAGCGGACACACCCUGACACUGCACGGACUGGACUCCGAAGGCAGCCCAGGAAACUACACCUGCUGGGGCAACGACCAGCUGCUGGACCACUCCUACCUGGUGCUGGAGCAGGAGGAGGAGGCCCCCUCAGUCCACCUCUCCUGCUCAGCAAAGACCUACAGCUGCUCCUUUCUCUGCAUCUGGAGACUGAUGGGCUACGACGUUGCCAGGGUGAAGCACCAGCGCAGCGAGGCCAGCGGAGGCUCGUCCUGGGAUCUCGGCACUUGGAUGCAGGACGGUUUCCACUUCCACUUGUCGGACCUCAGCUCACCGUUCACAGAGGAGGACCGGCCCAUCCGCCUCACUGCCGAGGCGAUGAGCGGCCAGCGCUACAAGAAACAGCAGCUCAGAUUCUUCCUUCGUGAAAUCAUUGAGCCGGACGCGCCGGAGAUAAAGGACUGUGUGCGGACUGGGGACAGCCUGCACGUCUCAGUGGAGCCCCCCUCCUCCUGGGCCAAACCGCACAGCUACUUCCCCCUCGAACCCGAGGUCGAGUACGAGUACAAAGAUGAUGGCAAGAUCGAGCGCUCCAUGAACCUGGUCAUCCCCAAGGACAUCACAAGGCUGAGGGUGCGCGCCCGAGACCCCUACUUCAAUUCCUCCUGGAGCAAGUGGACCCCCUGGAAAAAAGUAAUGCAGUGAUUUCAGUGACUCGCUCCUCACAGGGUCAGGGCCUGCGCGCACAGAGACAGGCAGCUGUGUGUCUCUGCACUAACACCAGUAAUAAUAAUUAUAACAGCACAGGAAAGCCUGCAUUAACCCUUGGUAAUCUGUCUUGUUGUGUGCAUGUGCUCUUCUACCCUUUUGUCACUGAAAAUACAGCCCUCCAUCACCGGUACAGAACAGUUCAGCACAGUGUGUUUGAUAUUUACAGAUAAAGGGGUUGAACUACAUCUUUUUAUGAGGUUUGGGAAAGACGUAUAAACAAUUUCAAUUAUACAAACUAUUUGAUUUUACAAACACCUCCUGGUCACAAUUAGUUCGGAUAAUAGAGGUUUUACUGUACUACCAAUAAUAAUAAUAAUAAUAAUAAUAAUAAUAAUAAUAAUAAUAAUAAUAAUGUGCCACCAUAAAGAACGCUAGAUACUUCAGCUCUCUGACGGUCUCAAGAAUUCCAUGAGUUCCAUGAGUUCUGUUUUGUGAUAUCAGUUACAAUAAGCUCG